ACCUGUCAUCCAAUGUCAGAGGAAAGUUUGUAAUUCGCGCUGCGUUGUUUUGGAAACCACCUUUUAAUCCCUUUUUCACCGUCCACGAUGCCUUCCGUGCAGCAGAAUCUCAUCCUGGGAAGCAUCCUUGUGGUCUUCUUGGCCGCGACACUCACUUCGGCGAUCAGAUGCUACCAGUGCUCCUCGCAGACUGACAAGAAGGGCGUGGACAGCUGUGGAGCCUACAAGUGGUUCAACAAAACCCAGCACAUUGCCAUCGAGUGCAACAGCGAUGAGUCACACAUGCCGGGAUCUUUCUGCACGAAGAUCGUUCAGCAAGGACCGCGUGGAUUCAUCUGGGAUGGCAGGUGGCGACAGGUGAUCCGGAGGUGCGCGUCUGUGGCCGACACAGGCGUCACGGGCGUCUGCAACUGGGGCGUGUAUGAGAACGGCGUUUACUGGGAGGAGUGCUAUUGCUCCGAAGACGCCUGCAACAAAUCACCGAGUCUCAGCAUUUCCAAAGGGCUCAUUCCAGUGUUUCUCAGCAUCCUCUCCUUCAGAUUACUGUUCUAAGCGCCCUGAGAAGUUCACGAAAAUUCGAAAAGAAUCCGUCCAUUCCCUCUAGGAUAUUCCGUCCGUAAGUACGAAGCUAGAUUAUUAGGAUUUUGUAUUUCACUUAGAGU